AUGGCAAAAGGAAAAGCCAUCAACACCUACACAGAUAGCAGGACUGAGACUGCCAAUGUAGUGGCCAAGAAGAUCCUAGAGGAAAUCCUCCCAAGAUUUGGAAUUCCUAAGGUAAUUGGGUCCGACAAUGGACCUGCCUUCGUUGCCCAGGAAGUCCGAUGCCAGCCGUGCGCCACGGCGCAGCGCCAGGACCCCGGGGACGGUCGCCGAAGAAACCUGUCCCUGCGCAGCCUGGGGCUGGACUUCGGGCCCUGUCACUCAAGGCUGCGGGGCCGCCCGGCUGCUUCGCCCGGCUCCGCUCCGCUCGCUGCGGCGGAGACUUCCGCGGCGCCGCCCCGGGCGCGUGCGGACCUGCCGGAGCUGGAGCUUGCCACGGGCGAGCCGGGCGCCUGCUGGAAGUCGGAGAUGAACUCUGUAACCAUGGAGGAUGUGGCUGUGAACUUCAGCAAGGAAGAGUGGGCUUUGUUGGAUCCUUUCCAGAAGAAACUCUACAGAGAAGUCAUGAAAGAAGUCUGCAGCAACCUGGCUUCUAUAGGAAACAGGCAUCAAGACCAAAGCAUUGAAGAUCAGUAUAAAAGGCCUAGAAGAAAUCUAGGGCGCAUCAUAUCUCCCUUUGGACAUCAACCACCUAUCAUUGAGGAAUACAGAGAGAAACCAUAUGAACUUAGACAACACAGAAAGCCCUCAGCUUGUCUCACAGGUGUUCAGAGAGAAACAGGACACACUGGAAAAGGACCGCCAAAAUAUAUGACACGUGGAAAAGCCUUCAGCCUUUCUAGUCCUGAUAGAAACUAUAAAGAGGUCCACGGUGGAGAGAAGCCCAGUGAACGGAAGCAAUGUGGUACAACCUUUCCUCCGUCCAUUUCCAUCCAAAAACAUAAGCAGACUAGUAAAGGCCAGAAGCCAUACAAAUGUAAAUAUUGUGGGAAAACCUUCAGUGUAUCUGUUUCCGUUAAAAGACAUGAACAAGCCCAUGCUGGAAAAAAGCACUAUGAAUGUGAACAAUGUAAUACGACCUUUCUUUCUCCGGAAAGUUUUCAAACCCAUAUGAUAGUUAAACACACUGGAAGUGGAAAUUUCAAGUGUAAGGUAUGUGGGAAGACAUUUCCAUAUCCCAGCUUGCUUAGAGUACAUCAAAGAACUCAUACUGGAGAGAAGCCCUAUAAAUGUGAACUGUGUGAUAAAGCUUUCUCUGCUUUUACUUCCUUCCAAAGACACGAACAAUAUCACACUGGAGAAAAGCCCUAUAAGUGUGAACAAUGUGGCAAAACCUUCUUUAGUGUCAUCGAUGUUAAGAGACAUCAGAAGUCUGUGCAUUCUGAAAAUGGACAUUUGAAAUGUAAAGUAUGUGGGAAAACAUUUCAUUUUCUCUGCAUGUUUAGAAGACACGAAAUAUCUCAUACUGGAGAGAAGCCUUUUGAGUGUCAGCAGUGUGGUAAAACCUUUGGAGUUUCCAGUUCUUUUCAUAGACAUAAACGGAGUCAUAGUGAGGAAAAGCCCUAUCAGUGUAAACAGUGUGAUAAAAGAUUCAAAUGCCUAUAUUCCCUUCAAACCCAUGAAAGAACUCAUACGGGAGAGAGGCCCUAUAAAUGCAAAGAUUGCGGUAAAACUUUCAUUUAUGGCAGUACAUUUAGAAGACACAAAAGAAGUCAUACUGGAGAGAAGCUCUUUGAGUGUAAACAGUGUGGGAAAGGCUUCACUUCUAAUACUUCCCUUCGAUGCCAUGAAAGAUGUCAUACUGGAGAGAAGCCCUAUGAAUGUAAAUACUGUGGAAAACUCUUCUCUACUACUUAUAUUAAAAAACAUGAAAUGACUCACCUUGGAAUCACUACACAAUUAAAAAUUAAAAAGUAGCUGAGCACGGUGGUGCACGCCUUUAAUCCCAGCACUUGGGAGGCAGAAGUAGGAGGAUUACCUUGAGUUUGAGGCCACCCUGAAUCUACAUAGUGAAUUCCAGGUCAGUUUGGACUACAGCAAGACCCUACCUCAAAAAAUUUUUUAAAAAGUAAGACCUUCUAGUACCCUUGAUCUUAGCCAGAAGUCUUAAGAAGCAACAAGCCUUCUAUUAAUACAGUGCCUUUUGAAAAUAAAAAAGAACUUACCCUGUACUAAGACCUUAUGGGUACAAAAAGAAAUGAAGGGCUAGAUUGUAAUGGGGAGGUAAUAUGAUGGAGAAUGG